AUGGAAAUGAAAUUCAUUCCUUCGAAUUAUACUAAAGUGUCUUCUUCAACCGGCGUUGUUCUUAAAAAAUUAAAAAACGGCGUUCUUAAAAAAUCAAAAAACGGAGUUCUUAAAAAAUCAAAAAAAGGAGUUGUUCGUCAACCAAAAUCUUCUCAACCAACUAUAGAAUCUACUUCGACUAAAGAUUCUCCUAAGCAAUUGUCACCGAGAAAACCAAGAAUCAAAAAAUGGAAAUCUUCUGAACCACAUCCAAUUGUUUCAUUUCCACCUGAAUUAUUCAUUAACAUCCUUUAUUUCUGCAAUCCUCAAACGUUACUUUCUCUUUCUAAAGUUUGUAGACAAUUUGCAAUGUAUUUGAAUGCAUCUGAUUCUUCCAUCACUACUAAAAUUUGGAGGGAUUCAAGAAAAGGAUUUUUAAAUAAUUUGAAAUUGGAUCCACCCGAAGGUAUGACUGAAAAAGAGUAUUGCAAAUUAUCUGUUGAACGUGGCUGUAUGGUUUGUGGUAUACCCAGAAUUAGAAAAGUGUAUUGGGCUUUUAGAGUGAGGUGUUGUACCGCAUGUUUGGAGAAAAUGACUAUUAGUGAUUAUCGAAUCGAAAGCGAACUGGGUAUCCCUUCCUGUGUUUUAUUUGGUCUUCCAUAUGUCCAACAACAAAAAUGGGCUAGACGAAGAGGAUCAUUCAUAGUGAGAAUUUAUUUAGUAAAACAAGUUAAAGAUGCUCACAAGGAAUAUAAAGAGGUACCUGCUAAAGAGCGUAAAGAUUGGUAUCAAAGAAUGAAGAUUCAAGGAAUUGAGAUUAUGAAGGAGGUUAAUCAACGUAUGAAUGAUGAUAGUAACAAACGAAUGAAACGCUUAGCAAAAUCAAUCAAUCAAAUUCGUUCAAUUAAUCCACGAUCAUUUGCUACUAUUACUAAUCAAUCUAAACCUUCAAUUCCUGAACCAAAAGACUGUUCUAAAAUAACACCAAAUUAUGCAAAAUUGGUUGAAAAUUUGUCAAUUAUUCGAAAAAGAAUUUUUGGUGAUCAACCUUUGACUUUAUCUGAAAAAAUAUUAUAUGCUCAUUUAUGGGAUCCGAAAGGUAUUGAUAGUAUUGUCAAAGGUGAAACUUAUCUGAAAUUAAAGCCUGAUAGAGUUGCUAUGCAAGAUGCGUCAUCCCAAACUGCCAUUCUUCAAUUUAUGCUUGCUAAAAUGCCAGUAACAGCUGUUCCAACGUCCAUACAUUGUGAUCAUUUGAUUGAGGCAUAUGAAGGUGGUGACAAAGACUUGAAGACUGCUGAAAUAACAAGUAAAGAAAUAUUUGAUUUCUUAAAAAGUGCUUCAGACAAAUAUGGAAUAGAAUUUUGGAAACCAGGAAGUGGAAUUAUUCAUCAAAUAGUUUUGGAAAAUUAUGCCGCUCCUGGUGCUCUUAUGAUUGGAACUGAUAGUCAUACACCAAAUGCCGGUGGUCUUGGAACAAUCGCUAUAGGUGUUGGUGGCGCUGAUGCUGUUGAUGCCAUGGCUAAUGUUCCAUGGGAACUUAAAGCUCCAAAAAUAAUUGGUGUAAAAUUGAUUGGCAAAUUGAAUGAAUGGACAAGUCCUAAAGAUGUAAUAUUACAUUUGGCUGGAAAAUUAACUGUUCGGGGUGGAACUGGUCAUAUAAUUGAAUAUUUUGGUACAGGAAUUGAAACUCUUUCUUGUACAGGGAUGGCCACAAUAUGUAAUAUGGGUGCUGAGGUCGGUGCAACUACCUCCGUAUUCCCUUUUACAUCAAGCAUGUACUCAUAUUUAUCUGCGACUAGACGUUAUCCAGUUGCCGAACAGGCUACCUCUUAUGCAUCAUAUCUAAAAGCUGAUUCUAAUGCUCAUUAUGAUCAAAUUAUUGAAAUUAAUCUAUCGGAACUUGAACCUCAUAUUAAUGGUCCAUUUACUCCUGAUUUAUCGACACCUCUUAGUAAAUUCGCUGACUUUGUUACAAAGAAUGGUUGGAAAGAUGAGAUAAAGGCUGGGUUGAUAGGAAGUUGUACUAACAGUAGUUACCAGGAUAUGAGUCGCGUAACUAGCUUGGUGUCACAAGCACUUGAUAAAGGUAUACAUCCAAAGAGUGACUUUUAUAUUACCCCAGGAAGUGAUCAAAUUCGCGCGACAAUGGAAAGAGACGGACAAACUGAAAUAUUACAAAAAGUUGGUGGUCGUGUUUUGGCUAAUGCUUGUGGGCCUUGCAUAGGACAGUGGAAAAGAACUGAUAUUCAGAAAAAUGAAGAAAAUGCCAUCUUAACUUCAUUUAAUCGUAACUUUAAAAAUAGAAACGACGGAAAUCCAUCAACAAUGAACUUUUUGGCGUCUCCAGAAGUAAGUAGAUUAACAUUCAAUCCGGUGACAGAUACAUUAGUAGACAAAGACGGAAAACCAUUUAGAUUUUCAAGUCCAUUCGGUGAUGAAUUACCAAAAUAUGGAUUUGAAAGAGGAAAAGAAUUCUAUGAACCGUCACCGGUUUCGACAGGGAACCCAUCAACACAAAUUACAAUCCCUCCAAAUUCAGACCGAAUUCAGUUAUUGGAACCAUUUCCGAUAUGGCAUGGUAGUGAAUUUCAUGAUUUACGCGUUUUAAUCAAAGUAAAAGGCAAAUGUACAACGGAUCAUAUAUCUGCAGCUGGACCUUGGUUAAGAUUUAAAGGUCACCUAGAAAAUAUCUCUAAUAAUACUUUGAUCGGUGCUCUUAAUGCUGAUAAUGGAAAAGUUAAUCUUGUAAGAAAUGUUUUGACUGAAAAGGAUGGAACCAUACCAGAAGUUGCACGUUAUUACAAAGAAAAUAACAUUCAAUGGAUUGUUGUAGCUGAUCAUAAUUAUGGUGAAGGAUCAGCCAGAGAACAUGCAGCAUUACAAGUUCGCUAUUUAGGUUGUCCAAUAAUUAUUGCAAAAUCAUUUGCAAGAAUUCAUGAAACAAAUCUAAAGAAACAAGGGGUGUUACCAUUAGUAUUUAAAAACGAAGAUGAUUAUAAUUUACUCUCGGGUGGUGACAUAAUCUCUACAAUUGGUGUUGUAGGAUUAGAGCCCGGUAAAGAUGUAACGAUUAGAAUUAGAAAAGAAAAAAGUGGUGGCAAGAUUGAGGAAUUUGAUAUUGUAACAAAACAUACAAUGUCAGAAAAUCAGAUUGAGUGGUUCGUUAUGGGAAGUGCUUUAAAUCUUAUUGCUAGUAUGCAGAAAUCCAACAGUAUUUAA